AGUUAUAAUUGUUCUUUCAAACUUUUUUGGUAUUUCAGUCUUAUUUUGUGUUGGAUUUGUACUACAAUAUACACAUGUGAAGAGAGAGGACACAUCAUCACUCUUGGAAAACCUUGAAAACUCAUAAAAAUGCACGAUUUGGGCCGAGACGGGAAAAGUCAUGAGAAGUCAAAGUCUGCUUCCUCUACCGAGAGACUGACAACGAGACUGAACCACAAAAUGCAGCGACCGACAACGCAAUUGACAAAUCGGGCACAAAAAUCAGCAUCUAGAUUCACCGGUUCGCGCCUUCCGUUGAUAGGCUUGGGCGUCGUUAUUGUUAUUGUUGUCCAGUUCAUCGUCAUCGGCACAUAUCACCUUGCAUACGUGCAGGAUACAUCUCAGUUCCAACUAGUUCUCCUGAAUUCUGUGUAUUCGUCGAAGAAGAAGCUUUCCCCUCUGGAAGAAGACGCCAAGUUGCUAGGAUACAGUAUUACUGGAAAUGCAUCCAUUCCAUUAGUACACAAUUUGCACGUGUGGGACGAGAACGCCUUUUCGCAAGCGCUUGGUCCUCCCUCGGGAGAAAGGUUCGAAUCGCAAGAGCAAGCGAUCUUUGAAGAUGGUUCCAUUCCCGUGUUUUACAAUUUACACGUGGGACACAAGAAUGAUUCUUCGCGAGUCCUUGAUAUCGUAUCUGAGCAGAUGGCAAUGAUGCGCCAAGAACACAAACCUGUUUUCGUUCAAUCCAUGGGAGCGACCCAGCUUGAAGUUCCAAAUGCAACCGUGUUGGGACACCGUCAGAGUGGAACAGAAAUGAUAACAUUACGGUCACUCUGGGAAUAUUGUAGACAAAAUCCACGCGUGGAAAAGGUGGUGUAUUUGCACAGCAAGGGGUCGUCCAGGAAUACACCCGAAAAUGCAAGCCUACGCCUUUUCUUAACUCGUGGGGCCCUCUCGAAAGAAUGCGCCUCAGUAAAUGCCGAAACUUGCAACGUUUGCUCGUCGCGAUUUUCUCCCUUACCACAUCCACAUACGUCUGGAAAUAUGUGGCUUGCAAGAUGCGACUACGUUCAGCACCUCAUAGACCCUUUCGACUUUGAAGAACGCAUGAACGAGUUUACCACCAACUGUACACCAAAAGGUAGAGAGAGCUGUGACGGACGACUACGAUUCAGUGCGGAGCAUUGGAUCCACUCACACCCAAAGGUGAAGGUAAGAACAUCAAACAAAACGUUUCUGCAUAGAUCAACCUAUUUACUUUUGUCAAAAAAAUUGUGCUAAUCUAUUCACUCUUUAUCUUUCGGUACGAUACUGGUUCCAUCACACUAGCCCUGUGAUUUGUAUGCAGAUCCCAAAUUCGUAUGGGAUUACGAUGGGAUUCCGAAAAACGGUAUAUUCGAUAUCCAACUUGCAAAAGCACCUCGCUUCGAUCUCAUAGCUUAUGUCAAGUGGUUACAGUGCGUGAACCGAGGCAUUCUUAUCGAGCAUAGAUUAGAUGAAUACUGGGGGUUGUACCAAGAGAAGCCUGAUGAAUCGUGGUGGGGUUGGACCUCUUUAAAGCGUGAUAAGAGAUGGUUGCCCACGAAUAAAAAAAAAGCAGCUCUUUGGAGAAGGAGAGAUGUAUGUUGGAGAGGUGUCAAAUCUAAUGAGACGGAAAAGUCAAGGAAAAUACCUUCAAAAACUGAAAACUAUGUCUCGAAAGAAAAUUUGAAUUCUUGCCCUAUUGGCUCAAGAAUAGAACAAGGUCCAGGCCUUUCUGAGAGGACGAUCGGCAAUAAUCCACCUUCGAUCAAUACCAAAGAAAUAAAAGGCAAAAAGCGACGAGUCUUGGUGAUGGCAGCCGUUCCACGUAACCAAAAACACUUAUUGGCAGUGUGGAGUCAACUGGAAUGUUUCACGAUUGGAAUUGAUCACAUUGUUUUGGCUGUCCCGAGUUGGGCGAAGGAAGUUGCACGCCAAUUUAUUCGAGUGGCAAAAGCUAGUAUCCCGAGUUUGAUCAACAAUGAAACUUCAAUUCAAGUGGAACACUUCACCAACGAUCGAUACGAUGUUGGCCUCUGGUGUGAUGCCGUUAGUUCUUUGAAUGUUGACGAUUUCGAUGAGUUUGCUUUCGUGAACGACUCAGUUUUCGCUAUGCGGCACUUUUCAGAAAUAUUCGAUGCAUUGAGCUUAAAGAAUGUGAGUUUGACUUCUUUAAGCUAUUCCUACAGUCCGAAAUUUUUUGAGGGCGAUAAUGAUCCUAAACAUUUCUGGGUUGAAAGUGUCUAUCGUGGCUUCACUCGGGAAGGUAUAGAUAUUUUCCGUCGCCAUUCUUGCUUGCCAGCGAAUCAUCCAUAUUUUUGCCCAAACCAGGAUGACAAAAAAGCAUGCAUCGUCAACAACUUUGAACACGAUCUUGCAAUGAAAUAUCCUUGCGACAAGGUGUAUGGCAUUUAUCCAUCAGACACACCAGAGGAAUUCCUGAAGAAGAACCGUUUCAGGACGUGGGCACGUAACAUCCCGUAAGUUGAAUGACUUUUCAAUUCAAAAAUCUUCUAUUCCGUUCGCACGUAUUUAAAUUGUGGUGAAAUUCUGACUUCAAAUUUCUUCCUAUUGUCCCGUUCGUUUCAACACAGGUAUUGGAGGAAGUUGGUUCGUCAUGGCGGGUUCCCUGUUGCAAAGGUGAAGGAGUUUAGCUAUCGUAUGAUAUUGCCUCAACUGGCGGAGUGUACAAAUUACUUAAAUCAAGAGUUUGCCGAGUUCAUUGACCUUUCCUUGGCCAAAAGUACGACAUGAACGACUUUGGUCCCAUCUUGAUCGUAAAACAUAGGUGAAUGCUAACACAAUGAUGGGUUUUGACGAGACAUCAUGGAAUAACUGGGAAAUAUUAGAAUUUGCAAAGACGCCUUUCGACCAGUUAAUAACAGAGCAGCAAUUAAUUCUUUAAUCUACCCUGGACUGUGGUCUUGAAGCAUGGGAUGCUAACAACUGUUGACCAAAGUGGGUGUGGCCUAUAUGCCUGGAAACAAAAGCUUUGAUAUAGUGUCAGCGUGAUAAGAAUAUCAUGAUACAUGACAUUAUAAAAUAGAAUAUAGAUA